AUGCCAGCGCCGUUCCCAUGGGCAGCCCCCACCAGCACUACAGGUGCCGUUCCCCGAGUCCAGUCCCCAGGUGCCCUGUCACGACCUGCCGUCCCGCUGGAACUUGCUCGUUCCGCCUCUGGAGAGGCCCCCAGGAGCCGACUCGACGAGCCAAGUACGUGGACGUACAGGGAACCGCCCCGUCUUUCCCCAUCGCCCUCACCAACAGCCACGAGACCAACUUGGCCGUCUCUGAGUCGAGAAUUUCGACCGCCACCACCGAAGCGUCCGUCUUUCGUGCCACCUCCGGCACCGACACAGCCCCGUCGAAGUCGCCACUCGGUCCAGUCAUGCUACGCACACCCGCGGGACACCCGUUGGGAAGCCCUGGACCUUGUGCGCAAGAGCCGUAUUCACUUCGACGGAGAGACCGACCCCAUGGCGUUUCUGGAGCGCGCCGAAGAACUCCAGGAACAUUUUGGCAUUUCACCGGACACGAUGCUCACCGUGCUGCCGGAAAUGCUCACCGAUAAGGCGGUGGAGUGGUACCGUAACAACCGGGCCCUCUGGUACUCCUGGGACGACUUCGUGGAGGAGUUCCGGGACUUCUACAUGCCGAAUUAUGAAGAAGUCCUGGAAGACCAGAUCGUCAACCGUCGCCAACGACCUGGAGAAGCCGGUCGAGAUUUCAUACAGGCCAUGCAAACCCUCACCCGCCGUUUGGGAGGGCAUUCCCCACAGGCCGUCCCUCGUCGCCUAGACUUCGAGAGAAUCGGGGAGUUGGUGAGGCUCAUAGAUGAGUAUGAGCAGUUCCAAACCGAAGUGAGGAGCCAUGCAACAGUCCCACCACCGAAUCGCGUCUCGACGACCACCCAGAUCCCGGCUACCAGGUAUGCUUACGCCCCGCCCCUAGGUCUGAAAACCGUCCCCUGCAACCGUCGUCCAGGCCCGUGCAACCACGUACGGCACCACCGCGAAGGCUGGAGACCAUCCGUCCCCCACCACCGUCGUCCAGGCCCAUGCAGCAGUCCACAGGCGCCACCGCCAACACCGGAACCACCGUCAAAUGAAGCCACCCCAACUGUUCUGCUCCAGGUGCGGCCGAAGCGGUAUAAUAUCCCGAGAGUGCCCCUGCGACCGAAGAAACGAGCGAGAAGUCUGCAUCAUGUCGAAGCCAUCCCAGCACCCGUCCAAGCCGUCGCAGCAGCCAUCCAAGCCGACUCCGUCGAUGGAAGCUCCCCUCAAGUUUCCUGA